AUGAGCGAAAUGGGCUACUCCCAGUCGUUUCUUCUCACCGAUACAAAGCUAGCCACGGGACUUGUAUCUGUAAUGAUUGCUGGACUCUUGUUCUAUGUCGACAAGAAAUACGGAUUUGAGCGCACAUUCAAUGUAACAGUGAUAUCUGUUUGCAUAUAUGGGCUUUUAAGCUUGUUCUACUACUACUUGACAUACCAUCCAAAGUACAAGAACAACAAGUUUGUGGGAUAUUCUGACAACGGGGAAAAGAUAUCAAUUGCUACGUGGACCCGCAAGCACACCCCGACUUACUUUGUACGUAUAGAAGUUUCUAAAAUUGAUGGGGAGGCAAUGACAUCCGAAACCAGCAUCGAAUUCACAAAGUUGUUUGAUGGCUUUGGGUACUACAAACAAGAAGAAAUGACCAAGUUUUUGAAAUCUGAGGUGGAGAAAUUGCAGAAGAAGAAUCUUUAA